AUGGUGCCGGCGAAUGGCGAUACGGCCGGACCGAGCUCCAGCCAGGAUGACCCGGCAGCCACCAUGAAGAAGCGCAACAGGCCUCAGUAUCAUCCGUUUACUCAGCAACAGCUUCCAGCUUGCAAGCCUAUACUCGCGCCUCAGACAGUUAUUCCUGUACUUCUGUUUGUGGGCAUAGUUUUUAUCCUGAUUGGCCUUGGUUGCAUUGCAGCCUCAAACAGGGUUGUUGAAGUGGUCUAUCAAUAUGAAACUUCAUGCAUACCAGGAUACAUGCUUGACAACAAAGUUGCCUAUAUCCAAACUCCAUCUAUAGAUAAGACCUGCACAAGGAUUCUCAAGGUUCCUAAGGAUAUGAAGCACCCAAUCUACAUAUAUUAUCAACUUGACAAGUUCUACCAGAACCACAGAAGGUAUGUGAAGAGCCGUAACGACAAGCAGCUGAUAAAUCCUAAGGAGGCCAACAACACGCAGUAUUGCAAGCCUGAAGCUACUGAGCAUGGGAGCCCCGUCGUCCCCUGUGGACUGGUAGCUUGGAGCCUGUUCAACGACACCUACAGCUUCGCUCGUGGCAACAAGGCGCUGAGGGUUCACAAGCGAGGCAUCUCGUGGAGGAGCGAAAGGGAGCACAUUUUUGGGAAGCAGGUGUUUCCAAGGAACUUUCAGAAAGGGGCUCUGAUCGGCGGCGGUGCGCUUGAUCCAAGGAUACCUCUGAGUAAGCAGGAGGACCUGAUCGUGUGGAUGCGAACCGCGGCGCUGCCGACGUUCCGGAAGCUGUACGGUAGGAUCCAGGUGGACCUCCGUGCUGGCGAGCUGAUAACGGUGACGAUGCAGAACAACUACAACACGUACAGCUUCGGUGGGAAGAAGGCGCUGGUGCUGUCCACGGCGGGUGUGCUGGGAGGCAAGAACAGCUUCCUAGGCCGCGGGUACGUCAUCGUCGGCCUGGCCUGCCUCCUGCUGGCGCUGCUCCUCACGAUGCUCUGCCUCGUCUUUCCACUAGCCUCAUUGUUUGCAAAUAUGGCUGCGUUUGAAAUGAUUGGGAUGGGUUUCUGGUUGCAGGAAAGAGGAACAUCUUGCACUGCGGUACCCUUUGCCCCGGCCUGCACGGUGACCAUGCGUGCCUAG